AUCUAGCAGUUCCUCAACCAAGAGAAAAUAUGAGAAAACCACCAAAACUAAUGACUUAAAAAAGAAGAUGCUAUCUCAGAAACAGAGUCAGCUUCCAGAAACUUGGGCAACCAGCAUGUGCCCACCUGAGCGCUGUGGCUGGACUGCUCAGACGCUUCCACCAGCCCCACUCUGCAGCUCCUCCAUCAAGCAGGAAGAAGAAAUAUAUACUUUACCUCAGAAAAGAGAAGACCCAACCACCACCAAAACUGUUAACCCCCAGAGGAUAAAACUACCCUUGGAGCAGAGUCAGCUUCCAGAACCUUUAACACCCAGCAUACACCCGCCGGAGGGCUGCUUCCAGACUCCUUGGGUGCUACCACCAACCCCCUCCAGCAGUCCUGUAACCAAGAAACCAAAGUUGAAGGCUGUUCCUAAAGAAGCUUCCAGAGAGGAGGGCUUCCAAAGGGGCCCCAAAGAAGUGAUGGUGCUGAAUGCAACAGAACCAUUUAUAUAUGAUGUCAGAGAAGGCAACAGAGAGAUGUUUCAUGCCACAGUGGCUACUGAGAGCAAAUUCUUCCAAGUGAAGGUUUAUCAUGUUGCCCUGAAGGAGAAGUUCAUCCCAAAGAAAAUUAUUGCCAUAUCGGAUUAUGUUGGCCGCAGUGGGUUCCUAGAGAUAUUCCAUACCUUAUCUGUGUCCGAUGUUAAUGCUGACCGAAAGAUGGAAAUCCCUCAGAGCCUGAUUAGAAAGGCAAAUGCAACUCCUAAAAUCAGUCAUCUCCACUUGCAAGUUCCAGGAACAUUUGUGAAUGGGGUGUUUCAGGUGCACAAGAAAACGGUGUGGAAUGAAUGCAUAUAUUAUGAAGUACAAGACAGUACAGGAGCUAUGGAGGUCCUGGUGUACGGACGACUGACCAGAAUCCUCUGUGAGGAAGGCGACAAACUUAAACUCAUCUGCUUUGAAUUGGCAUCAAAAGGGGAAGGAAGGCAAUUAAGAUCUGUCAUUCACAGUUACAUCAAGGUCAUCAAGCCCAGGAAAAACAAGUAACAACCACUCAGCCCUACUUCACAUGUGGACACCUCGCAACGUCAGCAGCCAAGCUUCCAGCAGGCUGCUUCUGAAAACCCGGGCGCCAUUAAUAUUGAUGUUUAUGAAGCUAAGAUCUAGGUACCAGGAAAAAAAAAAAAGCUAUAUAUGCAUGUGGUUAAAAUACAGCAAUAUAUAUACAAGCUAUUAAUUCUUAAAAAUGGGGUGUUAGGAGUGCCUUUCAUUUCCUUUUUUUAUAUUUUUCUAUACCAUCUGAAUGCCAUGUUUUGCACCUAUAAGUUCUUUAAUUUGGAAAAAAUAAUACACAACAUGUUUUCUUUCUAAAAAAAAAAAAAA